GACGCCAGAAGAGCAGACGUGUUAUUUUCGAGUGUGGGCUUUUCUGGAUGUUGACCAAUUUUAUUGAAAACAUAGAAGAAACAGCUCGGAUGAAAAGCAAUAGAUGCUACGGAAGAACAUCAUAAAAUAUAUAGCUAUACGCCAUGUGUGCCACCACGCUCUGCUGAAUAAUGAGAAUAGUAGUUUGGACUUUGGAACUAAUAGCGGUAACUACCUUCAUAUAAACUGAAAGGUCUCAAAGUAAAACGCAUCUUUGAACUGAGCUGGCGCCAUGGGCAUGUGGACUCUGUUAAGCUGUGUUCUUUUAAUGCUACAGGCCGUGAGUGGCAUGAGCAGCAUAAGAUGGUGCACGAUUUCAGAAGCAGAGAUGAAUAAAUGUAACGACAUGGCAAAGGCAUUCUCGACUGCUGGGAUCAGUCCUUCCUUGCAGUGCGUCAGCGCUGAUUCCGUUGGAGGAUGUGCGCAGAAACUCACGAACAAAGAAGCCGAUGCCUUUUCCUCCAGCGCUCGGGAUAUCUAUAACAUUGGAAAGCAAGCCACCUUCAAAAUCGCGGCUGGAGAGUCCAGCAGAGAUGGAGAAGGGACCGUGUAUUACGCAGUUGGGGUUGUAAAAAAGAGCAAUGCGGCCAUCAACAUUAACAACCUCAAAGGGAAGAAGUCAUGUCACACGGGCAAGGGUCGCACUGCUGGUUGGAACAUGCCACUGGGUUACCUGAUUGACAGUGGCAAAAUGUCAGUCAUGGGCUGUAACAUCCCACAAGGAGUAGCAGAUUUCUUUUCUGCCAGCUGUAUUCCUGGUGCCACUGAGCCUGGGGAUCCUGCUUCCCUGUGCAGUCUGUGCAUUGGCAACCAGGCAGGACAGUACAAAUGUGAUAAAAACAACAACGAGAGAUAUUUCUCCUAUGAUGGAGCAUUCAGGUGCCUGGUGGAGGAUGCAGGGGAGGUGGCCUUUGUGAAGCACACGACAGUCAUGGACAACACCAACGGGAAAAACAAUGAAUCAUGGGCCCAGAAUCUAAUAUCCCAGGACUACGAGCUGCUUUGCCGAGACGGGAGGAGGGCGCCAGUGACAGAUUACCACAGGUGCAACCUUGUCCGAGUGCCAGCGCGGGGCAUCGUGGUCAGCAGUGAAGUCCAACGGUCUGUGGUCUACAACAUGUUACGUGAAGGAGUGGACAAAGGAGGAUUCAAUAUGUUUUCAUCUGCGAUAUAUGGUGGUAGUGAUCUGAUGUUCAGCGACACUUCUACGCAGUUUAUCUUUUCUGAGACUGACAGCUAUAAGGCCUGGAUGGGGGAGGGAUACUAUAAUGCUCUGCGUGCGAUGGAUUGCACCAUGUCUGACAUCCCAAAAUCCCUGCGCUGGUGCGUGCUGUCUGACGGUGAGCAGAAGAAAUGCGUUGCAAUGGCUGAAGCUUUCAAACAGAAAGCACUGACUCCUGAGAUUCAGUGCACUCAUGGGGAGUCCCAGGAGGACUGCAUGCAGAAGAUACAGAACAAUCAGGCCGAUGCCAUAACUCUGGAUGGAGGCUUCAUCUACACAGCUGGCAAGGACUAUGGGCUAGUUCCAGCAGCUGGGGAGAGCUACACAGGGAGCCUGGAUGGCAGCAUCUACUAUGCUGUGGCCGUGCUGGAGAAGACCAACAGGAAUGUUAACAGCUUCCACGAUCUGAAGGGCAGGACAUCAUGCCACACCGGCUAUGGGAGGACUGCUGGCUGGAACAUCCCCAUGGGGGUCCUCAUCGAGAAGGGCCUGAUCAGGCCCCAGAAAUGCCAGGUUCCCCAGGCUGCUGGAGAGUUCUUCAAGUCCAGCUGUGUCCCAGGAGCAAACCAGCCGGGCUUCCCCAGCAACCUCUGCGCUCAAUGCAUCGGGGACACCAAUGGUGCAAACAAGUGCGUGAGAGAGAAGGAGCUGUACGAUGGCUACAAUGGAGCCUUCAGAUGCCUGGCGAGUAAAGCAGGAGAGGUGGCCUUCGUGAAGCACACCACGGUUUUCCAGAACACUGAUGGAAACUCCACAGAGUCAUGGGCCAUCAACCUGCUGUCAAAGAAUUUCCAGCUGCUCUGUCCCCACGGGGCACGUGCUGAAGUCACCCAGUAUGCCCAUUGCAACCUAGCCCGCGUGCCUUCCCACGCAGUUAUGGUGCGACCAGACACCAACCCCUAUGCCAUCUUUGGCCUCUUGGACAAAGCACAGGAAUUCUAUGGCGAUGAUGCAGGGUCUGGCUUCCGCAUGUACGACUCCUCACAAUACACGGGGACCGAUCUCAUCUUCAAAGACUCCACAGUAAAGAUGAUUGCUGUGGGGGACAAGAAGACCUAUGAGGAGUGGCUGGGACAGAGCUACAUGGAAUCUUUGCAGGCAAUAGAAUGUCCCCCCUCUGGCACAGAGCUGUCCUCAGCUUCGACGGUGUUGGUUGCUCUGCUCAGCUCCCUGCUCGCCCUCCUCUCUGUGUAAGAGGACAGAAUGCUACCUCGCUCAGCCCUCGCUCAUCAGCCAUCUCCCCUUCUUUCUCUGCAGUAGCUUUACAGACACUUUAAAUUCAACCUGAUUAAGCUCAAGUUCAGAAGCUGCAUAACUGAUAAGAUUCCAUGUUCAAUAGGACAUCCUUAUCCCAGACGUAAUGAUGUUUUCCUUUUGUGAUUGCACUAAAUUGUCCUGCACAUAGUUGUGACAAGUUGGUGGCAGGUUUUGUUUGUUGGGGGUGGGGGGACAACAUGAUGAACAUGCUUUGACUGAAAUGGUGGUCAUUACAUUUACAUUUACGUUACAUUACAUCAGUGAGACAGUGGGCGCAAGAGGAAGUUCCAUUGGUUGAAUUUGAUUGAAGGUGUUAUGUACAGAUGUAUUCACUGAGACCAGCAAUGUAUCUACGUAUGCAUAUCAUUGGUUUACUGUUAGGUGGAGGCAACUGCCAUAUCAGUGCAUAUGCUUUGCCUGUUACAUAUUUAUUCUGCAGUGUUCUUGUAGUCUUUCCUCCAGUCUACUUUAGGUCUUUGGGUUAAUGAGUAACAUAGAUGUUUUUGAACUACUUGAAGGCACAUGCCAUGUCAGGGAAUAUGCAGUGUCUUCCACUAUCUCCCUGGAUUGAAUGAGCUACAGCCCAGUGAAUAGACUGUACUAUACACUAGUGUUGCACUACUUUCUCUCUAAUGAAUGAACAGAGGUGGACUGACCGUGGAUGGUUUCUUUGUGUGUUCUCCCCAAAUACUAGAAAGAGCAGUUGUUAGCUCCACCAUGUUGCUG